UCGCUAACUUGGAUACUGUUUGCUAGAUGCUUGGCCCGGCUGCUGCUCUUCGCGUUCUUAGCGAGCGAAAUAAUUGUGUCACUUCGUCAGCUUUUAUCGAAUUUGAACGUGGAGUUCUGUCAGAAAUUUGCUUCAUUUUUGGAGGUGAAAGGAUUCUCCGCCGUAAUGUCUGCUACUUCCGCCCUUUGCUAAAGACACCCCAAUGUUCUCCACCAGGACCAAAGUCGUCGUGGACCCCUCACAGCGAUCCUCGGGCAGGUUCUGGGCUCGUCAUCACGACCCCCAAUGCAGAUGGAAACCAACAGAAAUCCCCAUCUUCUGAGUCUCGUUAUGGACUCGACCCAUCGCUGCUUCCCAGUGCUGCCAAAGUGAUGGCGGACGACAGGGCUGAGUGGGAAGGGAAGGUUUUUGUCUCUGAGCCUUUUGGCUCACCGCCUCCUUUAGCAACCACUUCCUGCAUCAUGGAGGACAGAGGCAGCGCCAGCCCCCGUGCCAUGCGUUCCACCACAUACUGCUUCCCUCAGGAUGGUCCCACCGCUCUACGGGCCCGUCUGCCCCUGGCCGCUCUUGUUACGCCUCUGGCCAGACAGAACCCACUGGAGGUGAGGUUUGAGAAACGUCUGCCAGUGGUCAUGGAGAACGCUUGCGUGUCUGGAUGUCGCUGGUGCGGAGCGGCCAUGUGUCCCGCCAUGAGCUGGCAAGACUGCGGGGAGAGGUUCCGCUGCCCUUUUUGUGAUAAGCUAACCGAAGUGCCGCGGCAACUUUACCAGCCUACAACCGAGGUGGAUGGCUCCCGACCUGAUUGGGAGCAGAGGCCCGAGCUCCACAUGGGAUCCUACGAAGUCCUCCAUGCCCUCAAGAAUGAAGCAGCGGUGUUGCUUCUCGCCAUUGAUGUGUCGACAGCUGCACUGAGAAGUGGCUAUUUGGAAUUUGUAACGCAACAACUACACACUCUGCUUGAUUCGCUCCACAGAGACGUCCACGUGGGCCUGCUGACGUACGACAAUAGAAUUCAGCUGUACGACCUCAGCAGAUCCCGCCCGCACAUGCUCGUUAUGGCUCAGAGAUCGGAGGAGCUUCAACUUCCUGUCAGGGAGGGGCUAGUACUCCCUCUACGGGAUUGCAGGGACAGUGUCGCCAGCGUGUUGCAGCACAUUCCCCAGUUGAGUCCAGAGUGUGACGACUCGGCCGGCAUCCCCAUGGAGCUUCCGGUUAAAGCAGCACUGGCAAUCCUCCGGACGCUGGCCUGUCCCGGCAAGCUGCUAGUCUUCCACUCGGCUCCAUUCAUAGAAAUGGAAUCACCUUCCGCUGGGAUUUUCGGGGCCAGCAAACCAAAAUCCAUCUUCAAACCCCCAGAGGAAGCUGUCUCAUUGGCUGAGGCUUGUGUUCGCCAGGGUUGUGGAAUUCACCUUUUUGUACUCUCCCCGCAAGACGUGGGGGGGGCCUGGCCAGGCCACGUUCCCUAUCUGACGGGUGGAGCACUGUACGUUUACAAACACUUGCAGGGGGAUUUGGAUCGGGAGCGAUUCUGCCAAAAACUGAGGCGCAUCGUGGAAGCGGAUGUCGGCUACAAGGCAGAGCUCAGCCUGUUUGUUAGCAAAGGCAUGCGGGUUUUGGGCUGCUAUGGGCUCAUUGUGCCCAAGAUGAGUCCCAGCCAGAUCGCUAUGGCAACACUGGACUGGCAAACAACAGUGGCAGUGGAAUUUAUGCACGACGCCUCCGCUCUGGACAAGAUGCGAGGUGUGGCCAUACAGGCUGUCUUGGAAUACAGCACAGAAAGAGGCGAGCGGAGAUCCCGGGUGCACACGCUGAUGCUGCGAAGCUCGGACCACUUGCAGGAGACUUUCUGCCAGUACCAGGCACAGACACUGCUGGCUUUCUACUGCAAAAAGAUGUACUGUGCAGUUUUGGAGCGCCCCCUGCAAGAUCUGCGUGAGGCGCUCCAGUGGGAGCUGACGGAGGCGUUGGCGUCCUACCGCCGUCACGGUUGCUCCGCUUCGGCUUGGGCGUCCUCAGGUCAGCUGGUUCUGCCUCGGGGCCUACGAGCUCUGCCCGUCUAUCUCAACAGUUUGAGAAAGAGCGACGUGCUGCUGCCUGGCCUGCGCACCUCUGUGCAUCGCCGGCUCAGGCUGCGCUGCCAGGUUCUCGGCUUGGACACCGCGGCCUGCGCCACCCAUUUCUACCCCACGCUGAUGCCUCUCCCACUGUCGCUCGCCGGAAACGUGACGAAAGUGGAAGAGGAGGGGGCUCUUCCUUGUUCCGCCGCCAGCCUGCGUCCAGGUGGGAUCUUUUUGCUGCAUGCCCCUAACGCCCUCCUGCUCUGGGUGGGUGCCUGCGUCCCAGCAUGCACCUUGGCGGAGCUCUUCAACGUGAGAUGCUUAAUGUCUCUGCCCUCUGGUGAGACCAAGCUGCCUCUUCUCGACAAUCCCUUGUCAAUCGCUGUUCGAUCCCUCGUCGACGCACUAGACUCGGAGGUCCUGUGUUUACGCCAGCUGCUUCUGGUGAAGCAGGGCGACGCAGGUGAGGAGCUCCUGCAGCACUACUUGGUGGAGGACAAGAGUCCCAACGGCGGCGCGUCAUACGCCGACUUCCUGUACCACCUGCACGUGGCUUCGGUGCGGUUACUUCACUGACGCACAAAGACAGAGAACAAGCCUUUAUUUAUUGACCAUUGUCUUUAUUUAUUUUCAAUUCAUUAUUGGCUCUGUGC